AUGAAAAAUCAAGGUAAUAGAUUAUUACCAGAUAAUCCAUUUUUACGAGCAAAAGUACUUCAAUGUACUUAUGAUUCACUUCGAUUACAAAAAUUUGGUAGUGAAGAUGUAAUCUAUUAUAUUUGGCAUACGCCACCGGAGCGAUACGAUAUGAAUUUAUUGAAAAAACGUAAAGAGACACUUGUAAAUGAAUUGAUUCGAUGGAACAAUAGAUUGAAAGGACAAAAUCAAGAAACUUUAUAUGCUAUCGGCAAUGUAUUUACACUAGCUGAUGUCUUUCUUUUUCCGCAAUUGGCAUUACUUAUUCAUUGUGGAUAUCCGAUUCAAUUACAUGAACAACUCGGUAAUUUCUACUACAAACAUCUCUGUAAUCGUCCAUCGAUUCACCAAUCAUUUCCACCUCAUUGGUCAACAACAACUUCCAAUAUAUUAACUGAUUGUUCUGAUAUAAUUCUAAACGAAAAAUAA